CUAAAACUCAAUUUCAUAUCCAUAUUCAUAUUCCUUUACACCAUGAACCUUACACAACUCAUUUCCUUCUUCUCUAUUCAUCCUCAACUACAAAAAAUCGUGGACAAAAUGUCUUUAUUUGACACUAUCGUCUUCUAUAUUGUGCAUAUGGUGGACAAGCUUGGGUUAUGGCAUAGGCUACCUGUGAUAAUGGGGCUGGGUUAUUUAGCUCUAAGAAGGCACUUGCACCAAAAAUACAAUCUGGUGCAUAUUGGAAUCAUGAGCGGCACUAAAUAUGAUGUUCAACAAUAUCCUCACCGGACGGCUGACGGGAAAUGCAAUCAUCCGACGGAUGAUAUCGUAGGCAGUCAAGGAACACUGUAUGGUCGUAAUAUGCCUCCAUCCACUUCCAAGUUCGGGCUGCUGGAGCCUCAUCCAACUGUAAUAGCCACAAAGCUAAUGACAAGAAGAAAGUUUAUUGAUUGUGGCAAGCAAUUCAACAUGAUAGCUUGCUCUUGGUUACAAUUCAUGAUUCAUGACUGGAUCGAUCACAUGGAGGACACCCAUCAGGUUGAAAUCACAGCUCCAAAUGAAGUUGCUGGAGAGUGUCCAUUAAAAUCUUUUAAGUUUUACAAAAGCAAAGAAGUUUCAACAGGAUCACUUGAAACUAAGACUGGUUUUGUUAAUUCAAGGACUCCAUGGUGGGAUGGAAGUGUUAUUUAUGGAAAUAAUGAAGCGGGCAUGAGGAAGGUAAGAAUGUUUAAAGAUGGAAAGUUAAAGAUCUGUAGUGACGGGCUACUUGAACAUGACGAGAAAGGGAUUCCCAUAUCAGGCGAUGUUAGAAACUGUUGGGCUGGUUUCUCCCUCUUGCAAGCGUUAUUUGUGAAAGAGCAUAAUGCUGUAUGCGACAUGCUCAAAGAAAAUUAUCCGGAAUUUGAUGAUGAGAAGUUGUACCAGCAUGCUAGAUUGGUAACAUCAGCAACUAUUGCUAAGAUCCACACCAUUGAUUGGACCGUUGAACUUGUAAGAACAGAUACCCUCUUAGCAGCAAUGAGAGUUAACUGGUAUGGUCUUUUCGGGAAGAAAGUGAAGGAUACAUUCGGGAAUAUAUUUGGACCCGAAUUAAGUGGACUAGUUGGUCUUAAAAAACCACAAGAUCACGGAGUCCCCUAUUCAUUAACAGAGGAGUUUGUCGCUGUCUACAGAAUGCACACAACGCUUCCAGACAACAUAAUUCUUCGAGAAAUUGAUUCCGUAGCUUCAGAACACAAAUCCCCUCCACCAGUUUCAGAAGAGAUAAAUAUGGAAGAAUUGAUUGGAAAAGAAGGAGAAAAAAGACUAUCUAAAAUUGGUAUGGAGAAGAUGUUGGUGUCUAUGGGUUAUCAAGCUUGUGGAGCUGUCACAUUAUGGAACUAUCCGUCGUGGAUGAGAAACCUUGUUGCUCAUGAUAUUGAUGGAGAUGAGAGACCCGAACGAGUGGAUAUGGCUUCGCUAGAAAUUUAUAGGGACAGAGAGAGGAAGGUGCCUCGAUACAACGAGUUUAGGAGGAACAUGUUAAUGAUUCCUAUUACCAAAUGGGAAGAUUUGACAGAUGAUGAAGAGGUUGUUGAGGCGCUAUAUGAAGUAUACGGAAAUGAUGUUGAGAAACUUGACUUACUAGUUGGAAUACACGCAGAAAAAAAGAUAAAAGGAUUUGCCAUUAGUGAGACUGCAUUCUUCAUCUUUGUGCUAAUUGCUUCAAGGAGACUUGAAGCCGAUCGAUUCUUUACUACCAAUUUUAACUCACAAGCAUACACCGAGAAAGGACUUGAAUGGAUUAACAAGGUUGAGAGUCUGAAAGAUGUUAUUGACCGCCAUUUCCCUGAUAUGUCGAAGACUUGGAUGAGAUGUUCGAGUGCAUUUUCUGUAUGGGAUUCAGAUCCAAAUGCUCCUAACUAUACACCAUUAUAUAUGCGAUGUGCUGCGAUGUGCUGAUGUUAAAUUGCCCUCAUUUAAGAAACUGGUGUAAUGUCCUAUGGAAAGGUUGGUUAGUAUGGACAAUAAAGCUUCUGUUUCUCCUUAACUUAGUAUUUUUAAUAAUAGAGUUUUGAAGUUGCUCCUUCUCUUGACAGAAAGCAACCCGCGAUUAUAUA